AUGGACAACCCGACAAACCAGGUCCAGGUGAAUGCAUCGGAGGACGAGCGACUGUCUGCUGUUUUGAACUCGGGCAAACGCAGACUCAUGAACGCUUUCAAGACCACCAAGGAGUCUUCGUAUUUCAGGAGCAUCACCUCUGCCAUUCAGCAGAGUUUUGCCUACGACGAAGAGACCGCCUCGAUUGCUGCAGUGCACGUUCCAGACGACACAAAAAUCGUCCUGUAUCGAACAUAUACCCGGUUUAUCAGCAAUGAGUACAUCACAGAGGUUUCUGGUUGCAUAUACUGUCCUGGAACGAUGAACAGGAAGAACAAGCUGAUGAUGUCGCUGAUCCAGCGACUUUCGAAACCAAACGUGCCCACGUCCACCGUUUCGCAGAUAGAGAGCGAGAUCGAGGACUCCUUGACCCACCCAGACACCAAAACCGCAGACACAGACUCUGCGUCGACAGUUUCUUCUGGGUCUGAGUCGACGGCCUCGUCCUCGGUGAACGACACGAUCCGCGACCGGAUCCAGGGCAUCAUGGCCCGGAACAUCCCACGCACCCCGCUCAACAUCACGCUGUACUCGGACGACAAGACCGACUCUCUCUUGGGAGCAAAUCUGUACACCGACAGCGUGGGGGCGUUCAAUUUGUCUGUUGCCUCGUCUUACAAGCCGUCGUAUAUCACUGUCUCGUCUUUGGAGAACCCGGCGAUCCAGGAAACCCAGAUCGCGAACGUGAUCGACCCAAAAGGUGUGAGUGUGAUCACAGACAUCGACGACACGGUGCGAACGACGGGAGUUUUGGGCGACAAAAGAGAGCUCUUUAGAAACGUUUUCGCCAGAGACUUCAACGAGUGCGAGAUCCCGCGGCUGGCCGUCUGGCUGCAGCAGCUCAAGUCCCAGUACCAUUGUCCCAUUCACUACGUUUCGAACUCGCCGUGGCAAAUAUACAACAUUGUUUGUGGAUUCAUGGACUACGUCGGUUUGCCUGUUGAUAGCAUUAGUUUGCGGCAGUAUUCGGGCAAUCUGAUCGCCUCGUUCACAAUGCCCUCGUCUGAGAGAAAGAAAGACUCGUUGAUCAAGUUGUUCAAGGAUUUCCCAAAUAGAAAGUUCAUCUUGAUUGGAGACGCGGGAGAACAGGACAUCGAGGCAUACGCACAGCUGGUGAAAUUGUUCCCAACACAGGUGCUUGCCGUGUACAUCCGAGCGCUCAACGGGGCGUUCUCGUCAACGGGCGAGGACAUGAAGGUGUUCAAAGAGCUGGAAGCAAUUCUUGCAACCAGAGACCGUCAUGUGGAGCCCAAGACAGAAAAGAAAAAAAAGAAGUUCACUCCUAUUCCUCCGCCAAAACCAAAGAACCUCCAAGGAGAAGCACUCAAGCUGUCGGACCCGCCCAAAGACCACAAGUCGUACAGGGACUCGCUGCGAUCGCCGAUCCUACACCGGGAAUUCAUUAGAACACAGAUCUCCAACACUCUAUCUCAUUCCUCAGAUUAUAUACCUCUAGAUCCGCCGCCACUCCCAAGACGUGGCUCGCUGCACCGGUCGUUGCCGUCGCCUCCGCCGGUUCCUCGUCGCCCAGCAGAGUCUCCACGGUACGCUCCCUUGUCACCGACGAAAACGUUCUCGUUUUCGCAACACCCUGAAAGUCCGUCGGAAGAUUACUCUUUUGACAAGAAAAAAGAGCUGUGGAAAGAACGGGUCCAGGCAGUGGUUAGCGAGUACCCGCCCGAGGUGGACUUCCGGUUCUGGUGGGACCCGUCCGACGUGAUGAACGAGUCGUUCGAGGCUGUCCAGCGGGCACAAUAG